AUGCGCGCUAUUUCCCAAGCAUUUGGUUCUCCGACAAAGUGCUGUUCGCAGCGUCCUAAAAUCCUUAGCACUCCUCACUCGACCGUUUCCUUGAGGUAUUUUCCACAUGGAAGUAUUCCUUUGUCACAGCCAGCCUUUGCCCAGGUCGCCCAGCAUCGCCCGACGAAUUGUCCAGCUUCAGUUCGGACAUUGCAGAGGUCUAUUCACACUACUGCUAUCAGGAAUAAUGGGAGCCCGCCAACAACGGCGCUAUUCCAAGCGAGUGAUUUGACCAUGGAUGAGUACCAUAAACUCUCGGAUAAAGCUCUCGACGAUCUUCUACUAUUUUUCGAGGAUGCUUUUGAAUUUGAAAGCGAAGCGGGGGAUGGUUGGGAUGUGGAUUACAACUCAGGGGUUCUAACGGUUAACUUCGGGAAAAAGCAUGGGAUCUACGUGCUCAACAAGCAACCACCAAAUAAACAGAUCUGGCUUUCAUCUCCUAUGAGCGGUCCCAAGAGAUACGACUUCGAUGUGCGGAAGGGAGUAUGGUUCUAUCAUCGGGAUCAGAGAACGCUUGGGACACUUUUGCGAGAAGAGCUAUCUCGUAUUCUUCGCCGAGAUCCUGACCUCAUUGUUUUACCUCUGGCAUAAUCAUGACCAAAAUCGAUGUGGACGGAUUGCGCAACUUCUCCCCGACAAUAUUACUUCAAUUCACGAAGCGGAGAUCAGUGCCGUACUAUUUCUUGCGUAUGGGACUCGCAACAAGGAAACACGAUUUAGGAGACAGGAUUGAAGAUGUAAAAGCAUACCAGAAUCAACUGAUUGCAAAACAGAACUAGAUGCUGCACACUAAACUCUAUGUGGUGCAUACAGG